AUGAGCGUGGAAAUAGAGGUUGACCAAGCGUCAAGUGGAACCAGUGGCGAAAACACUGAUGCUACCACUUUGAAGACUUCCACAGACUCAAGUGUUGAACCACCAUCAGCCAAGGAAACAACAGAGUCUGCCGUAUCAGAUGAUUUGGCAGCAGAUGACGAUGAUAUCGCCAGUGGAGUAGGCGUGGGCGAAAAGAACAACAACAACAAGUCAUCCGCAGCAUCCAAGAAGGACCAGCGACGAAUUGAAAAGGAAGAGAAAGAGCGUGCAAAGCGCGAGGAGAAGGAAAAAGCCGAGCAGGAUAAAUUGGAAAAGGAGCGACAGCGACGCGAGAAGAUCGAGCAUGACAAGUCGGAAAAGGAACGCUUGAAGCGCGAGGAGAAGGAGAAGAUCGAGCAUGACAAGCUGGAGAAGGAGCGAUUAAAGCGCGAGGAGAUCGAGGAGAAGGAGCGACAAAAGAAAGAGGAGAAGGACAAGCUGGAGCAGGACCGCAUAGAGAAGGAGCGACAGAAGAAGGAGGAGAAGGAUAAACAGAAGCAGCUCAAGUCAAAGCUGGGUAGCAAUCAUAAGAGCAGCGGUUCCUCGUCGUCGCUGAUGCUCAACAAAAAGUCGCGACCAGACUCGGGCGACAUGGUCAUCUCAUCACCGCCCACCUCGCCACAUGUGUCAUCUUCGUCGCCUGCCACAUCCUCGCUCAACCUGGCGGCGUCAUCCUCACCAAGCCGCCUCUCUCAAGACAUCCGCGAUGACAACAGCAGCAAUGGUGGCGCCGAUCCCAAAUCAGACGACAUGGACUCAAACAGCAGCGAAGCCGACGACACGGCCCCAGCAUCAUCCGCACAGCCUGCACCAGCGGCAGCCGAUGACGUGAUUGGCGUGUCCACAACGAUGACCACUGGCAGCAAUGGAGACAAGAAGGAGGUGAUCAUCAAGGUGACCCGUGCCUUUGCUCCCGUCGUGCAUCAGAAUGUGCUGCCCGAGGAGGGCGACACCAAGAUGAGGAACAAGGUUAUCAACGAGAUCAUCAACACGGAGAAAGACUACAUUGCCGACUUGCGUGUGAUCGUCCACGUCAUCCUGGCGCCACUGCGCGACAGCAAGCUACUCGUGGACAAAGACUUUAGCUUGAUCUUUUCCAACAUUCAAAUGCUGAUGAAUGUCAACGAGGUACUGCUGGCCGACCUCGAGAAGAUGGCCAAAGCCAACGAGGGCAUGUCGGUGGGCCCGUGCUUCAAGUACCUAGCCGGCUACCUCAAGAUCUACUCGUCGUACUGCGCCAACCAGCAGGUGUCGCACGACCAUCUGCAGCAGUGCAUCAAGAAGAGCCCAGUGUUCAAGCAGUUCUUGGACGAGAAGCAGGCGAUGCCCGAGUGUCGCCAGAACCAUCUGGACAGCUUCCUGAUCAAGCCCAUCCAGCGACUUUGUAAAUACCCCCUGUUGCUCCGUGAGCUGAUCAAGAACAGUGACCCAGCGCAUCCAGACAUCCCCUCACUCGAGGAGGCAUACGACAAGAUUCAAGAGACCGUCAUCACCGUCAACGAGAACAAGAGGAAGGCUGAGGUGCAGCACAAGAUGUACAAAAUCCACGAGAAACUAGAGACAACAGAGAAAUUCGACUUCUUGACACCGACUCGUUAUCUGAUCAGGGAGGACACUUUGAAGGAGCUGACAGAGGAGAAGGAUAAGAUAUCAGGCAAGAGUCAUUAUUAUUUGUUCAAUGAUAUAAUAAUGAGGACAAAGAAGGACAAGAAAUCAAUCAAGUUGGAGACAUUGUUUGUUAUUGGUUCAACGACCAUCACGGACAAUGAGGACAGAAACUUUGGCACAUUCAGGAAUACGAUCGACAUUGCACAGGUGGGUCGCGAGGGCAGGAAGUUCACACUAGUCUGCGACUCGUAUGAACAAAAGAUGGAGUGGCUGACUGAGAUCCAGCAGCUGACCAAGCCCUACCAAGACGCGCUCAACAAGGAGUACGAGAAGCUGUUGGACACGCCUAGCAUCCCAUCAUCUGACGCCACCGCCAAGCAACUGGCGCGUACUUCCACAUCCUCAUCACUUAGCAAGAACAUGGCUGUACCAGCCAAGCCCUUGCCACCACCUCCACCCUCUUCAAAGUCUUCACUACAUCUCGUCACUGAACCCAAGACAACUCCAGCUUCUCCAGUUCAAGCGACAUCCCCAUCUCUGGCACCGACAUCGCCAACACCUGUACCUAAACCAAUCACCACACCAGCACCAACACCAGCACCAAUCGUCACACCAGCUCCAGCCACAGUACCUCGACCAAUGAUCACACCUACUCCAAAGGCAACUGCUCCAGCACCAGCUCCAGUACCAUCACCAGCACCAGCACCAGCCACUGCCCCAUUAGCUCCCACCCAGGCGGUACCAAAGAUCACACCACUCGUUCGUCAACAAACUAUGCCAGCUCUCCCAUCCACUCAACCUGCGGACAAGCCCAUCCCAGCACAAAGACCUCCAGCAGUCGCACCACCUCCUCUACCAAAGAAACCAGAUCAUUUCAAACAAGAACCAUCGCCUGUUUCCUCACCAACACAUCAGUCUCAGAAGCCUCCACAACCACAACCUAGACAACUUCCAACUCCAACACCAGCACCAGCACCUACACCAGCACCAACACCUGCGCCAGCCGAGCCAGCAACAUCAGCAACAUCACCCAACUUACCCUCAAUCCCUCCACGCCCACAGGGUGGUGGCAUAGCGUUCCCCAAAUCAAUGGCAGCUCUCAAGAACUCUGCACCAAUGGUCUCGCGAUCACAUUCAACCCUCCCAACUCGAAUCACCACAGAUGUGUCUGCAGCUCCAAUGGCCAACAAUAUGACGCCAAAGGAUGACACAUCGUUGCCCACCAAGAAGACCAUCCCACCUGUAAUACCACCCUACAAACCAAUCAUUCGACCAACUCCACCUCAACCAACAUCAUCAUCUCCAUCAUUAACAUCAUCACCCGCGACUGGUGGUGGAUCGCCUCAACAAGGCUCGACUAGACCGCUGCCGACACUGCCUCCAGUCUCGCCUCCAGCAGUCCAGUCUCCGCCACUCACCAGCAACAACAAACCACUUCCACCAAAGCGUAACAUACCAUCAUAG